AACUCGAAUCAGCUCAGUAGCAGACAGCUGUGCAGAACAAAGCAUCUCUCCUGCAUAAGGCUUUACUAGAUACUGGUUAAAAAAAGACGAAGAAGAAAGGACAGCGUGCUUUAAUAGCUUUUCUUGGAAAAAUACAUUCCAAAUCAAAAUAGCAGAGAUGACUACCAUGUUCAGAUACCCCGUCUUUCCUCAUCUGCAGGAUCCGUGUGAUCCAGGUCUGUCGCUGUCAGCAGGGAGGAGUGUCAUGGCGGAACCAGACUAUAUGGAUGGAGACUGUGAUGAGCUCAUCAAGCCCAAGAAACUGAUCAACCCAGUGAUAAGCUCCCGUAAUCACCAGGACUUGCACAGAGAGUUGCUCAUGAACCAGAAGAGGGGUCUGGCUCCUCAGAACAAACCUGAACUCCAGAAGGUUCUGGAGAAGAGAAAGAGGGAUCAAGUUCUCAAGCAACAGAAGGAGGAACAAGAGGCCCACAAGAAGAGGAGCGACUUGGAGAUAGAGCUCAUGAAAAGACAACAGAAACUAGAGCAGCUGGAACUGGAGCAACAGAAAAUCGAGGAGGAACAGGAGAACACCCCUGAGUUUGUGAAGAUGAAGAGCAACCUGCGCAGGACCAAGCAGGAGACCGAUGGGGAGGAGCGAACCACCUAAAAACCAGCAGGGGUGCUUGGGUCUGGCUGACUGUGCGCAUGUUUGUGAGCACAGAGGCAACAGGAGUGUGUGUACAAAAGAGAGAGUGUGUUAUGUCUGUGGUACACAGUGGUGACCUAAUCUUGGUCCUGGCUUUCCCAACUUAGCUGUUCCUUCCUGCAGUGAGGAGAGAGACUUUAAAGAAAAAGACCCCCUCUGUCUGCCUGCAAUGGACCGCCAGUACUCACACCCACCCAGCAGCACACAGCACCCCUGCAGGAGGACCUAACAGUUUGAUGCUUUUUUUCCACAAGGGGCGAGCAAGCUUUCAAGGAGCUCUGAGAGAGAUGCAACCAGACAUGCACCCACACACACACACACACAGGAGUAUUCGUCCCCUUUGUUUUCACUCCUUUCUCCGCAGCAAGCUCUCAUUUCUCUUUACUGUUAUCAGUGUUGUCAUUGUUGUUGUUGAUGAUGUUGUUUUUUGUUCUCACGUUCAGAAUCAAAAAAAAAAAAAAAAAAAAAAGGAAACUUGGACACUGGAUGGACUUUUGAAGCUGUGUAAUGUAAAAGCCAAACAAAUGUGCUUUUAUUAUUUAUGUUUGUAGCUUUUAGCUCUGGUAUAGGGGAAGACACUUUUAGUCAUUCUGUGUUUUAGUUUGUUUUACUGCAUAGUAUAUGAAGCCAGAACAGGACAAAGGGAGUGUGUGGUUCUUUGAAACACUCAAGUUUGCUUUAUUUUUUUAAAUUGUAAACAUGCAAUUUCCUCAGCUAAUGCAAUUUUGAGCAAUAGUAGAACUCCCAGGUGUGAGAGUGACUUUUCUUUAUAUAUUCUGUUGUUUUUGUAUGAAUAAAAGUGUUACUUAAUAAAUAAUUUAAGUUU